AUGGCGAUGGCGAUGGCGACGGCGAGCAGCAGCGGCUCCAAGGCCGAGUUCGUUGUCGGGGGCAAAUACAAGCUGGUGCGGAAGAUCGGGUCCGGCUCCUUCGGGGACAUCUACCUGGCGAUCAACGUCACCAACGGCGAGGAGGUGGCGGUGAAGCUCGAGUCGCAGAAGGCCCGGCACCCGCAGCUGCUGUACGAGAGCAAGCUCUACAAGAUCCUGCAGGGCGGGGUGGGCAUCCCGCACAUCCGCUGGUUCGGGCAGGAGAAGGACUACAACGUGCUGGUCAUGGACCUUCUGGGGCCCAGCCUGGAGGACCUGUUCAACUUCUGCUCCAGGAGGUUCACCAUGAAAACUGUGCUGAUGCUCGCCGACCAGAUGAUCAGCAGGGUGGAAUACGUGCACACGAAGAACUUCAUACACCGAGACAUCAAACCCGACAACUUCCUCAUGGGCAUCGGGCGCCACUGCAACAAGUUAUUCCUGAUUGAUGUUGGUCUGGCCAAGAAGUACCGAGACAACCGAACGAAGCAGCACAUACCGUACAGAGAAGACAAAAACCUCACGGGCACCGCCCGCUAUGCGAGCAUCAAUGCGCAUCUGGGGAUUGAACAGAGUCGCCGGGACGACAUGGAAUCCUUGGGCUAUGUUCUGAUGUAUUUUAACAGAACCAGCCUGCCAUGGCAAGGGUUAAAGGCUGCCACAAAGAAACAGAAAUACGAAAAAAUUAGCGAAAAGAAGAUGUCCAUUCCCGUGGAAGUGUUAUGCAAGGGGUUUCCCACCGAAUUUGCCAUGUACUUAAACUACUGUCGUGGGCUGCGCUUUGAGGAAGCCCCGGAUUACAUGUACCUGAGGCAGCUCUUCCGCAUUCUUUUCAGAACCCUGAACCACCAAUAUGACUACACAUUUGACUGGACGAUGUUAAAGCAGAAGGCAGCACAGCAGGCGGCCUCUUCCAGUGGGCCGGGUCAGCAGGCCCAACCCUCCACAGGUCUCUAA